GCAAGGAGCGAAAAAAAAAAGAGUUUUCUCUCCCUUUAAAAGCCGCAAGUCGAAAGCGCCGAGCCCCGGGCAAGGGUUGCCUCAGGGGCGGAAGAUGGAGAGCUGGAGCCGGGCGUGAAAAACUCGCUUGCAGCCUUCGCCGCGCUGGGAAGCGGGAGCUGGCGGCCGGGACCGCAUCGUUUCCUCUCUCUGGAAGCCAGACAGAGCUGGGGACUGGCGGUGGCGGCCGCCGUAGCGGCCCCGGCCCCUCCAAACCCGCCGCCGUCCCGCCCAGCAUGAGCGGCGGCGGCGGCGGCGGGCGCACUGGCGCCCGCGUGGCUGUGAAGAUGGAAGUAGCACCUUACUACAGCGAAGAAGGCUUGGAGCUGCUCCCGGACUUCGUGCAGCUGCCGGGUUUCGGUGGCGGGCCCGGACCCGGAGGAGCGACGGGACUUGAACCGCCUGAGGAAAGCGGGGCGGUUCAACAGCGCAAGUUGCUCCUUGUCGGGAAGCCACCGCCGCCGCCUCCUCCUCCUCGGGAUUUGGGGGCGGCCUCCCCGGGUAAUGCCACCUUGCCCCCGGCCGGGCCGUUCUUGCGUCCCCGCGGCAUCCCCAGCAGCGCCGUGCACCGCCUCAUUCAGGAGACCACCGUCGGCGCCGGCCCUGAGGUGGGCCCAGCCGUUUUACAGCCUUUGCUGAAGCUGCCUGCGGCCGCCGACUUGGAACAAUUGCUGAUCCAAGCGGGGAGCCCGGCCCUCGCCGGCCCAUCCAGCCCCACUGGCGGAGGGCCCUCGGUGGCGACGACCGGCGGAGCGCCCUUCUUGUACCGGUCUCCGCAACCCUCGGUUCCGCCGCAGGCGGUGACGCAGGAGCAGGAGGGCUUCGCCGACGGCUUCGUGAAAGCUCUGGCCGACUUGCACAAACAGAACCAGCUGCUCGGGGUGUCCCCGGCGCCUCUCUCGCCUACCCAGCACCCGGGAGGCCCCUGCUGCCCGACCAACAGGCAGGAUCCCCCCGCCAUCUACACCACCUUAGGCAACUUCAACCCGGCCAGCCCAUCGGCCGGCGGCGCUUUUUUCACCUCCCAGGCUGUGGCUCGUUUGCCGGUGCCAGGCUCGACUGGCAGGGCUUUGGAAGAGCCGCAGACUGUGCCGGAAGCGCCUGUAAUAGUGUCAGCUCCGCCGCCGCCCCCUUCGGGUCUUUCGUCCGGGGACUCCCCUCCGCCGCCUUCCUCCUUGUCCCCUCUGGACGCAGAGAGCCAAGAGCGCCUGAAAGCCGAGCGCAAAAGGCUGCGUAACCGUAUCGCGGCUUCCAAGUGCCGCCGGCGCAAGCUGGAGCGCAUCGCCCGCUUGGAGGAGAAAGUCAAAGCGCUCAAAGGCCAAAACGCCGAGUUGGCCGCCACCGCCAGCCUCCUCCGCGCCCAGGUCACCCAGUUGCAAGGUCGGGUCCGGAGCCACCUCUCCAGUGGCUGUCACAUCAACGCCGCCGCCCCCGCCCCCGCGCAGACCUUGGCAGUUGGGGGUCAACCCCCCGGCAGGGAGGCACCCACAGAGCCGGAGACCGGUGCUUGCUGAAAGCGUGUGACUCCCGGAAGAAGGAGAGACCCAUCAGUGCGCCCAACUUUGCCAUGCAUGCACGGCAGAAAGUUGAUUAGACCUUGAUCAUGGUCUUGGGAAGGGCCAUGGAAGCCCUGCCUUCGGUUUCACAUCCUUUGGCUUCUGCAGAGUAGUCUUCAUUCAUCUGAAGUAGGCAGGGAAAGGUUCAGCUUCUGGGAGACCAUGCAGGUAUCUUAAACCAGUUUCUGAUAGAAGUCGGAAGAGCCAGAGAAGAACUUGGUAUAAUGGCAGAAAGAGAAAU